CUUUCCAAUAUGUCCGUCCAUACUUCAGAUUCCGAAUUCUGGUUAUUCGGAUACGGGAGUUUGAUUUGGAAGCCCCCACCUCACUUUGACAGAAGGAUACCAGGCUAUGUGACUGGAUAUGUCCGUCGAUUCUGGCAGUCCAGUCAAGACCAUCGAGGAACACCUGAAGCACCUGGAAGAGUCGUAACUCUGAUCGAACGAUCUUUCUGGGAGACUUUAGACGAUCACCAUACUUCCGAGUCCGACAAAGUAUGGGGAACAGCGUACAGAAUUCAAGCCGACAAGGUCGCUGAGGUCAGAGAAUACCUCGAUAUUCGAGAGAUUAAUGGCUAUACGAUCCAUUAUACGCCUUUCUUUCCGAGUGAUGGUUCAGAUCAUAUCAGCACGUUGGUUUAUAUUGGGACGCCAGACAAUGAUCAGUUCAUGGGUCCCCAAGAUCCUCAGAAGUUAGCAGAGCACAUAUACAGAAGUGUUGGCCCCAGUGGGCCCAACAUGGAUUAUCUUUUGAGUUUGGAAGUUGCUUUGGGUGGUUUAAGUUCUGAAAGCGGGGAUGAGCAUAUCAAAGAUCUGGCGAACAGAGUCAGAAUGAUCGAAAGAGCCGAUAGUGACAAGAGUCACACAACGGAUCAAGCCAUAGAUCACAAGCUCAAGAGGAUCGGAAGCACAGACGAGCAAGAGGAGACGGAGAAGUAGUUUUCGGCGAAGCCUUUUCCAUUCCCUUCAGGGCAAUUACCAUCGCAAUAGACUAGAUCUGCAAGAAGUGCAGUCUAAUGAAAAUGACC